AUGAAGACGAGAGCGGUAGCUUUGAUGCCGAUACCCAUCAAUUAUCCUUUAGGUCCAAAUGAAGUCACAUGUAAUUUCCUAAACAAUUCCUAUUGUCCGAUUUUGGAAGGAGAAAUUGUUGAAUAUUCUCUGAAAAUGUUCAUAGAACCUUGGUUCCCGACGAUUCCAGUGACAAUUGAAUUCAGAGUGGAGGAUAAAAAUGCUGUAUCUGUGUGGUGCAUCAGAUUACCAAUAGUAGUUGUAAGACCACAAUAA